UUCUCAAUACAUGUUAUAUCUUGCCGGCUGUUUGGCUUCUUCUUGUUGUUCAUCCUUUACCAAAGCCACCACAUCCUCCACUCUGGUGCUGGAUGUCCAGAAAUUGUCUGCGGAGAUGGGAUUAAGCUGCAUAACAACAUGUAAACUGGAUGCACUAAAAUCUGUUUGUCUUCCAAACACAGUCAAUGAUUCCACAACAUUAGUUAACAGUGAUAAUAGUAGUUCCAUGACUAGCCAUUCUGAAUUACCAUCAAACGAGGCAAUGACAUCAUCUGUUACUUCUGGAAGAUCCGAGGCUGACAAAUCGUGUGAGGAAUUUGCCAAAACUGAACAGCCAAUUGGAGGGGAUAAAGUUAGCCAAGCUGACAUCAGGAAGAAUAAAGGAAGAUUGAAAAAUGGUCGUGGAAUAACUCAAUGCCAAGGUGGAAGUGCUGGAAAGUCCCAAGGUUUCGCACCUAAUAGUUUCGAUAGAGUCCUUUUAGAUGCUCCUUGUUCUGCCCUUGGCUUGAGACCUCGUCUGUUCGCUGGACUGGAGACUGUUAUAUCUUUGAGAAAUCAUGGAUGGUACCAGCGAAAAAUGUUUGACCAGGCUGUUGAAUUGGUUAAUUUGCGUUGGUGGAAUUCUGGUAUACUCAACAUGAGGCCUACCAACUUAAAAUAUGACGUCCUCAGUCACAUAGAAUCCAUGCUCAGACAACUUAAAAUAUAACGAUCAAUCAGAGAACUGUAAGUAUAUAAGGUCGCAGAGAAUCCAUGCUCAGACAUCUCAGUUUUCACUUCUUGUGCUUCGUCCUUAUAUAAAAUAUGACGUCCUCAUGGACAAAAUCAUGUUCAACUACCUUUCUAUAAGAAAAAUAUCAUCUUACAAUUUAAGCUACUUGAACAGCACAAGGUAAUGUUUAGAAGAAACUAGCUAUCAGUAU